CACAGGCUCUUUCUUCUUUCUUCUUCUUCAAAGCUCCCCUCCGACUAAAAAAAAAAAAAAAAAACCCAAAUAUCUGAGAAUCAAAAGACAUUUUUCCCCGAUCAAUCAAGCUGGAGUGGAAGAAAGGGAAAGUGAACCCAUUCGUGAGGGUAAUAAAAUCGAGGUUAAGGCCAAAACCGAUGAAUGCAGUCAACGAUCGUGAUGGCUCUUCCCGUAUUCUUUUGACCGACCCUGCCGGAUCUACUGCUGAGGUGCUUCUCUAUGGAGGACAAGUUGUUUCUUGGAGAAAUGAAAGGAGGGAGCAGUUGCUUUAUAUGAGCACCAAGGCGCAAUGGAGACCACCCAAGGCCAUCAGGGGAGGUUUACCUCUCUGUUUUCCACAGUUUGGAAAUCUUGGUCCACUUGAGCGACAUGGAUUUGCACGUAACAGAUUCUGGUCUUUUGAUAAUGAUCCGUCACCUCUGCCUCCUGCUAACCAGCAAUCAACUGUUGAUUUAGUAUUGAAGUCUACUGAAGAUGAUUUGAAGAUAUGGCCUCAUAGCUUUGAACUUCGUGUUCGCAUAUCUAUCAGUCCUGGAAAACUUACUAUCAUCCCGCGUGUGAGGAACACUGACCCAAAAUCAUUCUCCUUUACGUUUGCACUUCGCAACUACUUAUAUGUAUCCGACAUAAGUGAAGUUCGGAUUGAGGGUCUGGAGACACUUGAUUAUCUGGACAAAUUGAUGCGUAGAGAAAGAUUCACGGAGCAGGCAGAUGCAAUUACCUUUGACGGCGAGGUUGAUAGAGUGUAUUUGAACACACCGACAAAGAUUGCCAUCAUAGAUCAUGAGAGAAAGAGAACUAUCGAGUUGCGAAAGGAAGGCAUGCCAAAUGCAGUAGUGUGGAACCCUUGGGAUAAGAAGGCCAAGAGUAUUGUAGAUAUGGGAGAUGAGGAUUACACAACGAUGCUGUGUGUAGAUUCUGGUGCUAUGGAAACCCCAAUUGUGUUGAAGCCACAUGAAGAGUGGAAAGGGAGACAAGAACUCUCUAUCGUCUCCUCAAGCUACUGCAGCGGUCAGCUCGAUCCACGCAAGGUUCUUUAUGGGGAUCACUGAUAUCAUAAUUACAUAUAUAAUAUGCAUGAAAGCAUACUUGGGAAACUUCAUUAGUCUUACUGUCUUAUAUUGUAAUUGUUGUCAUGGAUAAAGCGAUGGUGCCCAAACCAAUCUGAUAUAUGAUAUGAUUCGUUUGGAGCUAUUGCUUUUUCUGAGUUUCUGGCUGUGACACACAGAAAGAUAGGCAAAUGUAGUAAUUUGUAACGUUGCCUUCUGUGUAUGGUUCACCCGGAAACAUCAGUCUUAUAAUAUUGAAUCGUCUCCUUUAUGAACAUUUUGUCUUCUGACC